GUGGAAGGUUGUCAUGUAAACAGUGGGGUGAAAUGUGUGCUCUCUAGCGUGCUCUGCCCGAUUUCGCGUCCGUAAUCAGACCUUGUCAGAUCAGAUCUUGUCGACGGUGGAAUUUCAGCAGGACCUCGAGUUUAAAACGUUAUGUUAUCAUUGUCCGAGGAGACCUGAAACCGGAUAUAUUCGGUUGCACUUGCGAUGAAUAAAUGCACUCGAUCACCCGCUCUCUAUCGCGUGCCUUCACUAGAAGUGCAUACUGGUCGAAUGUCCAGCUGACCACAGUAGCAGCUAGGUUUUAUCCCGCGUGCUGUCAUGGUGUGCAGUUCUACAGAUGUCCACGGCAGGAGCAGAGGUACAGGAAUCUUGUUCAGCGGUACAGGAGGAAGCUGAGGGCUUCCUACAACAAGUUCUCCACCAUCCCGGACAACACCGUGGUCCAGGGACGGUUUCAUAGCUAUAUUGAAGAUGGAGGCAUCAUCUACAGGUGUUUGCGUGGACCAGGUGAGUCUAAACCAGAGAAGGUUCUCAGUGUUGAAUGGCUUAAAGGAGGCGAGGGAGAGGAGGAAGAGGAGGAGGAGGAGGGGGAGAGGAGCCUGCAGAGGGUGCGUCUGUCCCCAGGUGAGAGCCUGCUGGCUGCCACAGUCAAGGCCCCACACCAGGAGGAGGCCAGGUGCAUUGUGGUUCGGCUGACCGACAUGAAAACACCCCACCACCCGCUGCUCAUUCUGGACAACGUGUUCAGCUUCGAAUGGGCUUCGGAUAACACACUCUUCUACAGUAGGCAAGAGGGUCUAAAGUGUCGGAGUGUGUAUCGCCUGGACCUGACUGAGGCAGGAGCCAGAAACACUCUAGUAUAUGAGGAGCAUGACCCUGAGUUCUUUGUGGAGGUGGGGCGUUCAGGUGAUGGACAGCUACUGACACUCAAUAGCACCAGUAAAAGCAGCUCAGAAGUAAGAGUAAUCUGUAGCUCCGCCCCAGACCACGCCCCUGCUCUGGUGCAGCCACGGCAACCGGGGCUGGUCUACUACACUGAGCAUUCCAGAGGUGAACUCUACAUCCUUGCCAACACAGGACCCAACCAAGAGUUUCAGCUUCUCAAAGCGCCUCUCUCCUCGCCGUCCAUGCGGAGUUGGCUGCCAGUGUACACCCCCUCAGCAGGGUGGGCUGUGAAAGACAUGGAGCUGCUGCAGGACCACUGCGUGUUUACCCUCAGGCACCCCAGUGGACGCCUUCACCUGCAGACAGUUCCUCUGAAGGACCCCACCCGUGUGUCAUCCCUAGAGCUCCCGUUGUGGGCUUGUGGGUUGGAGAGUCAGAGAGCUUCACAGACGGACACGCAGAGCUUCCGGUUCCUUCUCUUCUCUCCAGUGUGUCCCCCAUCAGCAUACCUCUACACCCCCUCCCCCCUCCAGAUUCUCACAGAGCAGGGUCCCCCCCCGGAGCGUCCCCAUCACAGCUGCCAGACCACACGCCUCGAGGCCCCCAGUAAGGAUGGCACCAUGGUGCCCAUAACCCUCCUUCACAGACCGCCUCUGGCUGAUCUGGGGUCAGCACCGAUGCUGGUGCACGUGUACGGAGCCUACGGCAUGGACCUCAACAUGGCCUUCAGUCCAGACAAGAGGCUACUGCUGGAUCGUGGAUGGGCCCUGGCUUACUGUCAUGUCAGGGGGGGAGGUGAGCGGGGUCUGGGCUGGCACCGGGCGGGCAGGCUGGAGAGGAAGCAGAGGGGGGUGGAGGAUCUGGCCGCCUGCCUCCAGAGGCUCCAUGACCUGGGCGUGUCCACUCCAGACCGCACCGCCCUUACCGCCCGCAGUGCCGGAGCCGUGCUGGUGGGGGCACUGUGCAACCAACAGCCCCAGCUGCUCAGGGCCAUCACUGUGCAGGCACCUUUCCUGGACGUCCUGGGCACCAUGCAGGACCCCUCUCUGCCCCUGACCGUAGAGGAGAGAGGGGAGUGGGGGGACCCCCUGACCAGCCCUCAGCACAGAGACAACAUCGCCUCCUACUGUCCGUGCUGCAACAUCACACCACAGCACUACCCCUCUAUGCUGAUCACAGCCUACCAAGGGGACAGUCGAGUGCCCGUGUCGGGUGUGGAGAAGUACGUGGCGAGGCUGAGGACUGCCGUUGACACACACUCCUCUCUGGGCAUGCUCAAACCAGAAACGCGAGUCAUCCUGGACCUGCAGCCCGGGAGGGACCAUUUUGGACCGGAGGACUUUGAGCUGUCCUUGUGUGAGAGUGCCAGACAGAUGGCUUUUCUGCACAUGGAGUUGGGCCUGGACAAGACAGCUGACCACAAGAAACGCAGAGGGUGAAGAAAGUGCCUGCUCCAAUCUGCAAGUCUGGUUGUAGCUGGGCUAUUAGGCCGAUGGGAAGAAACAGAGUGUGAUGCUGAAUGAAUAUACACAGAGGAAGUAACAUGUGCACAUAUACUGUAUCCAUAUACUAAAUGUCUCUCCCAGCAGAAUAAACUUCAAUAAAACACAACAACUGUUUAGAGUUGCAUAGUGCUGUGUAUUGUCUGUGAGGACGGUCUGUCUUUGUGUUAACCUGGCCCUGGCCAGAGGCUAUAUAGUUGUUUGUUUGUUUGUUUGUUUGUUUGUUUUGAAUGUACAGCAUGUAUUUUGUUCAAUGCAAAACUCUGAAACAAGACAACAAUGUGAAAAGUAUACAUUUAAUGAAGUUUUCUUUUUUUAAAUAUAUUGGCACUUAAACAAA